GAACAAGUGCUAUUCUAAAGGAUAUUUUUAAAGGGACUCAUCGCGUCAUGAACUUGAAGUAAACGCGACAAUUUCAUUUUCCGAUAGAAGACAUGAAAAUGAGGGGCACACUUUUUUUGCUUUCUCUCUUGUCUCCUUUUUUUGUUAUAAUGAAUAGCACAAUAGAAGACUCAAGUUUUCCACAAACACAAGAUGACAUCUUCAAUUUGGCUGGUGCUUUAUCUCCAGGAGAACAAGUAAAAGAGUUGAUCGUAGUGUGGAUGAAUGAACGAAACAGUCCAGAGAUGCUACCCUAUAGAAAUGACUUGGUUGACUCACUCACAAAGGCUGUUGAACAUCAGUCUGAAAAAAUUUUUGAGCAAAUGGAAAUCAAUAUAGAUACGGAGUCCCGCUUUAUUCAAAUGAUACAGCAGACAGAAAUUGAACGAAUCAAGUAUCUGCUCAGAAGUUACCUGAGGACACGAUUAUUCAAGAUUGAAAAGUUUUCAUUGCAUUUAUUACGGCAACCUGAUGUACAUGAAAUACUAUCAGAAUCUGAAUACGGUUAUGCUCAAAAGUAUCAGGAACUUAUUGAAGCACAUGGAUACGCGGCCUUUCUUCACCAAUUACCUGUUUCUCAGCAAAGACAAGAUGAAGAAACCCCAGAAGGAAGCAUGGUUGUUCAACCCAAUUUAGACGCACCCGUCUUUGCAUCGGUCUUAGCUGAUCGAUUGAAUAUACAAACUGCUGGUGAAAUGCUAGAGUUAGAGAAGGGUGAUCUUUACAUGCUGCGUUAUAUUGAUGUCAGGGAUUUUUUAAGCUUGGGUCAAGUUAGACUUGUAUAAAUCCGACCUCACAUUGUUCUUUUUUUUUUCUUUCUUUUUGAUAUCAAUUGUACAUACUUCAAUACAUACAAGCAAAUUUGCCAAUAAAAACAUGGAACACGCUGGUGAUCGCAUCAAGGAAAAUCUCGAAUAUGCCAAAGGUCAAGCUAAAGAUGCUUUUG